CCCUCUCCCUCCGGCCGGAAGUUACGGGACUGAAUGGAUCCCGGAGCCGGCUGCUGCAGCUCCUCAAUCUUCCUCUGAGGCUUGGCGGCCGCUGGGCCACCAGGUUCAUGUGGAGGCUCCCAAGUUCCCGCGCCGCGCUUCGUGGGGUCCGCACGGCGGUGGAGCGGCACACUCGGGCCGAGGCGGCGACUGAGACAGCGGGCGCCAUGGAGCGCGCUGUAGUGCGCUGUGUGCCCUCGGAGCCUAAGCUAAGCCUGUCGUUCGCGCUGGCCGACGGCAGCCACAAGAACAUGCAGCGAGACCAAAGCGAGCCGCUGGGUCGGGCCCUCAGCCGGAUAGCAACCAAUGCCCUCAAAGGUCACGCUAAGGCGGCCGCCGCCAAAAAGAGCAGGAAGAACCGGCCAAAUGCAGGUGGCGGCGUGGCCUGUGCGGGGCCUGGGCCCGAGCCGGCUGCGGCCUGCGAGCCCGUGGUGAAGCUGUACUACCGGGAGGAGGCAGUGGCUGAAGACGUGCUCAACGUGGACGCCUGGCAGGACGGCGCGGUGCUGCAGAUCGGCGAUGUCAAGUACAAGGUGGAGCGCAACCCGCCCGCCUUCACCGAGCUUCAGUUGCCACGCUACAUCAUGGCCGGUUUCCCGGUGUGUCCCAAGCUCAGCCUCGAAUUUGGGGAUCCCGCCAGCUCCGUCUUCCGUUGGUACAAGGAAGCCAAACCCGGAGCGGCAGAGCCUGAGGGUGGGGGCCCCUCGUCAUUGUCUCCCUCUUCACCCUCUCCCAGUUGGACGGAGACGGGUGUGAACGAGCGCGUCUACACGCCGUCCAAUGCCGACAUCGGGCUCCGACUCAAGCUUCAUUGCACCCCAGGCAAUGGGCAGCGCUUCGGGCCCAGCCGGGAGUUGGAAAGUGUGUGUCCCGUGGAGGCUGGGCCUGGCACCUGCACCUUUGACCACCGGCAUCUCUACACCAAGAAGGUGACGGACGACUCUCUCAUCCGCACGGUCUCUUACAACCUCCUGGCCGACACGUACGCCCAGACUGAGUUUUCGAGGAGUGUCCUGUACCCGUACUGUGCCCCUUAUGCCCUGGAACUCGACUACCGCCAGAACCUUAUCCAGAAGGAGCUCACGGGCUACAACGCUGACCUCAUCUGUUUGCAAGAGGUUGAUCGCAGCGUGUUUACAGACAGCUUGGUGCCGGCCCUCGAGGCCUUUGGGCUGGAGGGCGUGUUUAGAAUCAAGCAGCACGAAGGCCUGGCUACUUUCUACCGAAAGGCCAAAUUCACUCUCCUUAGCCAGCAUGACAUUUCUUUCCACGAAGCCCUGGAGUCCGACCCACUUCACAAAGACCUGCUGGAGAAACUCGUUUUGUACCCGUCUGCGCAGGAGAGGGUGCUCCAGAGAUCUUCUGUCCUCCAGGUUUCUGUUCUUCAGUCUACAAAGGACUCUUCUAAAAGGAUAUGUGUUGCUAAUACCCAUCUCUACUGGCAUCCAAAAGUCAUGAACUAGAUUGUUCCCAGUGGAUUACCCAACCGCCUCUAUUUUUUUCCAGAGAGCUCAUCUUCAGCAAUUUCUACUUAAUCUUACAAGCUUGUAUCAAGUUGCAAAGGUCAGUCUCAUUGCUUCUUUGGUAGAGAUUUGGAGGAAAAACAUUAUAAAAAAUACAAAAGUCCUGGAGUGUAAAUAAAUUGAAAAGAUUAAGCAGCCUAAAACAAACCAAAAACAAGGUCACUUUAAAAAUAUGGGUCUACUUUGGUGAUUUAUUUCAGAGAAGGAACUUGCUUACUAACAUCGGUCUUUAAAUGGUUUAGCCAUGCUCCACUAUUACCUAACACUUUUUAAAUCCCAUUUUAGGUACAGAGCAGCAGAUAGCAAGAAUGCCUAAAUACGAAUUCCUGAGAAACUGAGAUGGCUGUGGCUGAAUAUAACUCACCAAGUUAUAAUGCAUAAUCAUCAAAAAGAUAAAACUCUGCUUAUUAAGAAACUUAGGUUUUGAAAAGAAAAUCUGUAAUUCAAGAUAAGCUUUAGUAAUACAUUUUUUUAAAACAUCGAGCUAAUACAUUAAAAGUUAUAAUAUGGAGGGGCGCCUGGGUGGCUCAGUCGUUGGGCGUCUGCCUUCAGCUCAGGUCAUGAUCCCAGAGUCCUGGGAUCGAGCCCCACGUCAGGCUCCCUGCUCCUCAGGAAGCCUGCUUCUCCCUCUCCCACACCCCCAGCUUGUGUUCCCUCUCUCACUGUGUCUCUCUCUGUCAAAUAAAAUCUUUAAAAAAAAAAUUAUAAUAUGGAACAAAAUUAUUUUACAGGUUGGCCAUCUUCAUAGUGUAUUGAAUAAUACUGAAGCCAGAUGCUAAAAUUAACACUUCACAUAUAAAUGAUAAAGUAAUCUUAAAUUCUAGACCUUAAAAUACUAAAUCUUAGUAUUUAGUUAAACUAAAUACUAAGUUCAACUGGCUGAUACCACCUUCAACAUAACUAGCACCUAACAGCUGGAUUCAUGCUUCUAACAAACUCUCAGCUGUUAAAAUCCAUGUUUGUAUUGUCAGUGUUAGGUUUUUACUCAUAAUCUUCAAUUUCCUUGAGAAACUUCACUAAAAACUAUCAUUUAUCUCCAUCUUGUCCAUUUUGUGUUGAGUGUAUGUCAAAGGGUUUAUAUAACACAAUCCAUUUUGCCCAGUAACUCACUUUAAUGGUCUUAUCCUAGAUUGUUGCUGAUGUUCAUCUUACUACAUUUGAAGUAUUCCUAGUUUGCAUUUUUGGUUUCAUCUCAUUUAUGUUCUUGAAAUUGAAAACGGUUCAGUAGGGAAUUGGAUAGGCUUCAUUUGGCGUUCUUAUACUGGAUGAACAAUAUACACACUUUUAAAAGAGUAUUAUAUAUAAUCUUUAUUUCCUGUGGAAUAGUUUGGAGAAAUGGUGUAUCCAGGGACAAAAGCAUUCAGCAAUAAAGCUGAUCUUUCUCAGAAAAGCUGGGUUAAGUAUAGUAUUUUGAAUAUCUUAAACCAAAGAAAAAUAUUUCUGCUGAAGCUGUAGAAUUUUUAAGUAUUCUAAAUAAUUGAAUUAUAUUACCUCUUUCAUGUCCUUUUAUUACAUAUCUAAAAAAAUUUGCCUUUUUGCAGCCUGGCUUGUGUCAUUUUUCUUCAUCCUAAAUGAAAGAAUCCCACAAUGCUUUGGUUCUUCAAUCCAAAAUUGAUCUUUAUUUUUUCUCUUUAAGGGUUUCUGUUACUGCAUGUGAAAUCAAUUGUCAAAGACUGGCAUCAGAAAUAAACUCCAUACUCAUUACCAAUCACUCCAUUCCCCCUUCCUCUCAGCUCUUUGAAACCACUUACCUACUUUUUGCCUCUAUGGAUUUGCCUAUUUUGGACAUUUCAUAUGAAUGGAAUCAUAUAAUUAUGUAGCCUUUUCUGACCAGCUCCUUUCGCUUAAUAUGUUUCUAUAUUGUAGUAUGUAUCAGUACUUCAUUCCUUUAUGAUAAUAUUCCACUGUAUGGACAUACCAUAUUUUAUUUAUCCAUUUAUCAGUUGAUAAGACAUUUGGAUUACUUCCAAUUUGGCCUCCCUGGAUAAUGCUGUACAUUUGUGUACAAGUUUUUGAGUGUACAUGUUUUCAUUUCUCUUGGGCAUGUAUCUAGGAAUGGAAUUGCUGGAUCAUACGGAAAAUAUUUAACCUUUUGAGGAACUGCCAGACUGUUACCCGAAGUAGUUGCACAAUUUUGCACUC